UAUAAACUUAUGUGGACGAAUUUGCGGGGGACAGACCGCCGAUGGGGUUGUGGGGGAUCCCCACACGAGACCCGCCGCCGCAUUUCAAAGCGGAUCUUCUUCGUUGCCGGAUUUCACGCGAGGAGGAGCUCCGCUUCCCCGAUGACGGCUACAAAUCCAACGAAAGGAAUCGUGGGAGGUGAAUUGAAAUUAGGUUUUCAUGAGCUCCAAAUCCAUCGAUCGUCAUCAUCAUCAUCAUCAUCAUCAUGUUGCUACUGCUGGUCGUCGCCUCACUAAUGUGAUGCUGAGAGAGUACAGCAAGCGGAGCCUUGUAUUUGAUGGCAGAGGGAGAGGAAAUCAAUGGCGGAAGCGGCGGAAGACAAAGAAGGAUCCCGGGGCAGAGGCGCUGUCGUGGGAAAAGUCUCUGCGGAGCGAGCAAUGGAAAUUAGUUGGCGUUGGAGGAUAAGGUUGGAGUUCGUUAUUACCAAAAUGCUAACACUAAAGGGUGUUUAGCACUCUAGCUGGUCCACCUUUUUUGCCAUUCUCAACAUCUUGCUCCUUCAUAGGUGGACCUCUGUUCUCCGUGAUCGGGUGUGAGGGACCAACAGCAUUGCUACCUUUGUCUUAGUGAAGUGUAUCUGAUAGUGAAUACCAGUCUUGAAAUAGUGAGAAGCGAUAUAGUAUUGGAAUUGUUGAUUGCUUGAGAAGCAGAAUUGAGCCUCCGGUUUCUUGACUGCAAUUCUGCUUCGCUAACGGAUCAGAAGCAGCAUGGACCUGUUGGGUUCGACAUAAUAUUCCCUGGCAUGAUUGACUAUGCACAAGAUUUGGGGUUGAACCUCCCUUUCAAGUCAUAUGAUGUAGAUGCUAUGCUGACUAAGAGAGAUGUGGAGCUUACAAGUGGGUUCGGUGGAAACGCAGAGGGAAGGAGAGCGUACUUGGCGUAUGUUUCAGAAGGUAUCCAACACUCACAAGACUGGGACAUGGUCAUGAAAUAUCAGAGGAAGAACGGAUCCCUGUUCAAUUCACCUUCGACUACUGCAGUUGCUUUUUCUCAUAUUCGAGAUCCUGAUUGCCUUCGCUAUCUUUGUACCAUCUUAGACAAAUUCGAGAAUGCAGCUCCAACAAUAUAUCCACUGGACAUACGCAGCCACCUUUUGAUCAUCGACACUCUUGAUAGUCUGGGAGUUGCUCGCCACUUCACCAAUGAAAUGAAGAUGUUGCUGGACCAGACAUACAGAUGCUGGUUGCAUGGUGAGGAAGAGAUUUUUCUGGAUACAACCACUUGUGCCAUGGCUUUUAGAUUGUUGCGUAUCUAUGGAUAUGAUGUCUCUUCAGAACUAGCUUUCAUAAUAUUAUCUACAGAUCAGCUAUCUCCAUUCUCAGAAGAAUGUUUCUUCAAUUCGCUAGAAGGAUACUUGAAUGACAAGACAGCUGUACUGGAGUUGCACAAAGCUUCACAAAUAAUUUUUCCAGAAGAACCUAUCCUGGAAGAACUAAAUUCUUGGACCAUGAAUUUCCUGAAACAGGAAUUCUGCAAUGGCUCAAUUUAUGUUGACCAACCUGGUGAAAGUAUCAGCACAAAGCUACCCUUCAUCUCAUUUCAGGUGCAUGAUGCUCUCACAUAUCCUUUUAAUGUUGAUUUGGAUCGCUUAGGCCAUAGGAGAAAUAUCCAGCAGUAUAGUAAUAUAGACAACAUUUGGACCUUGAAGACCUCCUAUUGUUGUCCAAACAUUGGGAACAAAGAUUUUCUUGAACUGGCAGCCGAAGACUUCAGCCUCUGCCAGUCGAUACAGCAGAAAGAACUCAAGCAACUAGGAAGGUGGAUUAUUGAUUAUAAGUUGGACAAGCUAUCAUUUGCGAGGCAGAAGCUGGGCUAUUGCUACUUUUCAGCUGCCACAAUUCUGUAUGCACCUGAACUAUCUGAUGCUCGCAUCUCGUGGGCCAAAAACGGUGUGCUUAUAACAGUUGUGGAUGACUUUUUCGAUGUUGGAGGUUCCAUGGAAGAAUUUGUAAACCUUAUUCAGUUGCUUGAGAAGUGGGAAGUGGAUGGAAGCACAGAUUUCUGUUCCGAGCAAGUUGAGAUCCUUUUCACAGCGAUUCGUGGCAGCAUUCAUGAGAUUGGAGGCAUGGCAUUGGCACGGCAAGCACGUGACGUCAGCCGUCAUGUAAAUGACAUUUGGGUGGACGUGGUGAAAUCAAUGUUGAAAGAAGCCGAAUGGUCAAGGUACAAGUUGGUGCCAACAAUGGUGGAAUAUAUGAAGCACGCACACGUAUCAUUAGCAUUAGGGCCAAUUGUUCUUCCAGCUCUUUACUUAGUAGGGCCAAAAAUCUCGGAGGAGAUGGUGAGUAGUCCAGAGUAUAAGAAUCUGUACGAAGGGAUGAGCACUUGUGGGCGCCUGCUCAAUGACUGGAGAGGAAUUCAGAGGGAGUCCGAUGAAGGGACGAUAAAUGCAAUGUCGCUGCUGCUGCGUGAAGGGGAUCGCAGUUUUGACGACGCGGUGGAAGAGGUGAAGCGAGCAAUUGAGAGGGAGAGGAAGCAACUGUUGAGGUUGGUGUUGCUGGAGAGGGACCAGGGAAUGCCGAAAUGCUGCAAGCAACUGUUUUCCAAGAUGGUAAAGGUGCUUCACUUUUUUUACAUGAAGGAUGAUGGAUUCACUAAUGAGGGAAUCGUUGAUGUUGCUGAAUCCAUCAUUGAUGACACCAUCCACCUUUCUCCUUGAGAGGCAAUAAUAGAGGCAAUGCGCCCGCGUCAUCAGACAAUUAUAUUUGCCAUUGUUGUCAUCGAAAAAUUAAUCGGUAUUUCUCAAGUCGGAUGACAGAAUAUCUUGAGCUUGCGUUGUUGUUGCCCGUGUCAUCGUCGAUGGUCAAACUGUGGUUACCAAUGGUAUGGUGCAAUGUUGAUAUUGAUGUACUUACCAAUAGUACUUUGGUGUCCCAUUUGUAAGAGAAUGGUAAGCGCACAAUUCUUCCAUAAUGCAACCCUUUCGAAGAAAUUUAGAAACAAG